CUGCCAUUCCUACUGAACAACAGCCACCAUGGAGCUGCGUCUCUCUGCUUGUAUCUUGCUGGUACUUUGCAUGACUUGGAGUGCAAAUGGAGGAAAGAUUUUAGUGUGGUAUACUGAAGGCAGCCACUGGAUUAACAUGAAGCCAGUGCUGGACACGCUGAUCGACAGAGGACACCAGGUGACAGUCCUGGUCCCAAGUGCCUCAUUGUUCAUGAACAGCAGUGAACCGUCACGUUUUCGCUACGAACCCUUCAAUGUCUCUGUUUCAGUGGAGGACGUGGAGGAAUCGAGGAACAAUUUCCUUCAAUUCUCCAUGUAUGAGAUGGAUCAUAUGAGCUACUUGCAGAUUUAUGUCAGAGUUGCAGAGUUAAUGAAGACUCAGUUGCAGAUUGUUUUAAAGGUAUUGGACGGUGUGCUGAAAUCAGAAACCAUCAUGAAGAAGCUGAAGGAGGGAAAUUAUGACCUUCUUCUGUCUGACCCCAUGCAUCCUGGAAGUGACUUAGUAGCAGACAUUUUGGGCAUCCCCCUCAUCUUCUCCUUGCGCUUCUCUUUAGCUAAUAACUGGGAGAGGCUGUGUGGUCAGGUACCUGCUCCACCUUCCUUUGUUCCCAGUGCUAUGAGCAAACUUACAGACAAGAUGGAUUUCUCACAGAGAAUAUGGAACGUACUCUUCAUCGCUCUGCAGGAUGUUGUGAUGGAGUACACCAUGUGGAAAGAAAUAGAUAAAUAUUACUCCGAAGUAAAAGGAACACCCACCAGUGCCUGUGAGAUGAUGGGCAGAGCAGACAUCUGGUUACUACGAACCUACUGGGAUUUUGAUUUCCCUCGUCCUUUCCUCCCCAACUUCAAAUAUGUUGGUGGGAUCCACUGCAGACCUGCUAAACCUUUACCAAAGGAAAUGGAACAAUUUGUCAAUAGUUCUGGAGACGCUGGCAUCGUGGUCUUCACAUUAGGAUCCAUGAUUAAGAACAUCACCACAGAGAAGGCAAACAUGAUAGCCUCAGGCCUCGCUCAGAUCCCUCAAAAGGUUCUGUGGAGAUACACUGGAGAAAAACCAAAAACUCUGGGUCCCAACACCAAAUUAUAUGACUGGAUCCCUCAGAACGACCUACUGGGUCACCCUAAAACCAGAGCUUUCAUCACUCAUGGUGGCACAAAUGGGAUUUACGAGGCCAUCUAUCACGGUGUUCCAAUGGUGGGAAUCCCACUGUUUGGUGACCAGCCAGACAACUUGGUUCACAUGAAGGCUAAAGGAGCUGCAGUUACUGUGGACCUGAACUUCAUGAAGAGUGAGGACCUUACAGAUGCCAUCAACACUGUCAUCAAUGACAAAUCGUACAAGGAAAAUGCUAUGCGACUGUCCAGUAUCCACCAUGACAGACCCAUGAGUGCCCUGGAUGAGUCAGUGUUCUGGAUUGAGUUCACCAUGAGAAACAAAGGGGCAAAGCACUUGAGGGUCCAGGCCCAUGAGCUCACCUGGUACCAGUAUCACAGCCUGGAUGUCAUAGCCUUCCUCCUCACCAUAGUUCUGCUCCUAAUAUUCCUCUUUGUCAAGACCUGCAGCUUCUGCUUCCAGAGGUGCUGUGGCAGGAAAGGAAAGACAAAGAGAAAGGCUGAGUGAUGGACUGAACACAAGUGUGACUGAUAAAGAACUGAUGUAUGAAUAAACUGGUUGUGUAUUGGUGUAAAAACAUGUAAAGUAACCUGGAUUUGAGAAUUUGUCACUCUUUUGGAUGCUCUUUUAAAUAGUAACUGCUGAAAUGUGUACUAAUUUGCAUAACUGCAUCUGAUGUCAAUUGCACAUUCAACUCUGAAUGUUCAUUGGCUGGUGUGAAUUUAAGAAAAAAAAGAUUUCAUUCUGUUCCUUUACUUGAAUAAUACUGAUGUCAGGUUUUCUCAGCACACUAUAGUGUCAUCACAAAUAUUUCUACAGACAUGGACAAAUGAGCUGCAAAUAAAACUUUUACAAAAAAAUCAAGUGAUGUAAUUAAACCAAAAAAUAAAUAGCUUUUUAUGUCUCAGAACUGACAGAGCUUCAAAAAAACAGACAUGAUAUUCAUGCAUAACUGUGUUUGUUUUUUCAUGUAUGAACAGUGAAGAUUGUUUUUUUUUUAUUUCCUUCAUUUUUUUCAGUUUUCCCAUCUUUGAUUUUCUCUAAAAUAUCUCUAUUUUGCAACAAAUGUGUGUUAUUUGGAUUUUAUUUUAAUUUAUUUGACAACAUUUCAUUAGAAUGCAUAACAAUACUCAUUGUCACAAGUGCAACAAGUCACAACACAAUCAAUCUACUGAAACAGUCAGCAAAAGUUUAUCAAAAUAAGCAGAAGAAAACAGUUUCCAAAUGCCUGACUGGUAGUUCACCUGUUAUUGUGUGAAGUUGACCAGAAUCUAUGAACACUUGUUAAUGAUUAAAAGUAUCCACAAGCUUA